CCGACACAUCACUGCAUCAGACACAAGAUGCGACUGGAUCCAAGUCACGACCGAGACAGCCUCCCAAAGCGCGCUCAGCUUCCCAGGAUUGCGGGUACUCCAGAGGGCUCGGCUUGGUUCUGGGGCGAUUCUGACGAACUCGGCCGCCUCAACCUGCUCACUCCUGAGCGUGUACGAAAAGCAGCACAAGAGAACAUUCGGACAGGAGGUGUCGUCUCGCUUAACUUGUCUGUUGUUGAACCGUCACCUCCACUCUUUGGACGAAAACAUUUUGCGCACAGUAUCAAACCGAUCGGCGGAGGCGCUUUCGACGAUGAAACGUCUUACAAUACGCAGGCAAGCAGUCAAUGGGACGGAUUCCGGCACUUUCGCGAUCCCACGACAGAACGCUUUUACAACGGCACUGUACUUGAUGAAAUCAUAACGGAAAAGAGCCUGGCCGAAGGUGGACCGCAGGAGUCAGAAAAGCUCGGUAUUGAUGCCUGGGCCCGACGCGGGAUAGCCGGACGCGGUCUCCUACUGGAUAUAUACAGCUGGUCACAAUCACACGCGCACAAACGCUUUGAACCGUUCUCUAAGCACGUUAUCACUGUAGCAGACUUAAAGGCAUGCGCUGAAUCGCAACGAGUAACGUUCCAAACGGGGGAUAUUCUUUUGAUACGCACUGGUUGGCUUCAGCAGUACAACAGCCUUACGAUCGAUCAAAGGAACGAUGGUGUUACAUGGAACACUAUGAACCACAAGUGCGCUGGCUUGGAGGCGUCAGAGGAGAUGAAGGACUUUUUGCACGAUUUCUACUUUGCAGCCGCUGCAUCAGACAACCCUAGUCUCGAGGCUUGGCCCCCAGAGAGUUUUGCAGUAAGCUUGCACGCUUCAAUGCUUCCACUCUGGGGCAUGCCAAUUGGAGAGUUGUGGAAUCUUGAGGCCCUAAGUCAGAAGUGCCAACAGGAGAAGAGGUGGGCCUUUCUAGUGACGAGUGCACCCGCAAAUGUGCCUGGUGGCGUGGCCAGUCCUCCAAACGCAUUGGCCUUAUUCUAGUCACGGUUAUUAGGAUCACUUACGGUUAAUCAAGAUACAGGUGACGAUCAAGGACACAUGCCAAAGUCAAGAGCCGCAAACCAACAGAGUAGGACUCUAAUGUCGCAGUCUCAAUUUAAGGUUGAUUAAUAAUAGAGGCAGUCUUAUAACGUGUUACUACACCGAGCUGCGC